AUGGACAAGAGAUAUUCAUCUGGUAUGAAAGUGGAAGGAAAUAUCAAGAGAAAAAUCCUUCCAACUGACGAACGCGAGUGGCGAAGACUAAAUCUUCAACACGCAGGAAUCAAAGUCGCACAAGGAGGUAAUUAUUUAGCACCGAUCGAUAAAGUAUUGAACAAGUCAACGGAAGGUGAAAUACAACGUAUCUUGGAUAUUGGUACAGGAACCGGAUUGUGGGUUAUCGAAAUCGCCAAAGAAUAUCCAAAGGUCGAGGUCAUCGGCGCAGAUCUGGCUCAGGAUCAAAUCAAAGAUAAUCUUCCCUCAAAUGUUCAGUUCAUAUUGGGUGAUGUACUCAAAGGUCUGGACUUUCCGGAUGGUCAUUUUGAUGUGAUUCAUUCUCGACUUUUGUUCUCAGGUAUGUCAGACUGGAAAACCUACGUUCAUGAAGUCGCUCGUCUUCUCAAACCGGGUGGUAUGUUAGUGACAAACGAAAUUGAGUGUACACCAGAAGUUUGGCUCCUUUCCGGACCUAAUAAAAACCCAUCUGCAUUAUCUUCCGGUAUGGCCGAUUGGUGUCGUGCGUUACGCAAAGCACUAGUAGCUAGGGGAUGUUCUCCGGACGCUCCUGAAUUGAUCAAGGAAAUGAUAAAGGAAAGUGGAUCAUUCAGUCAUGUUGAAGAGAAAUUGUGUUUGGUUCCAUUUUGGGAUUGGUCAGAUGAUCCACGACUUCACGAGUCAGGUGCUUUAUUAUAUGGAAGUGUUCAAGAAUUACCAGAGGUGAGUUGA